AUGGCUCCACCCCUAGUUCAUCUGCUUGGUGCCCAGGCUGGUGCUGGUGCAGCAGUUGCAGCUGGUAUUGGAGCUGGUGGUGGUGCACCAGCUGCACCAGCUGGUGGUGGUGCUGCUGCUGGGGGUCCUAGGGCCAUGAGGUGGAACAACAACACCUCUGGCUUUGUCCUUUGGAGGAUGACACAGCUUGUUAGUGAUGAUAGUAGACCUGACAAAGUCUUCAAGGAUAAAGAUGUUAACCAUUUUGCCAAAGCCCUUAAGGAGUACAGUGGGGAGGCAGAUAGUGACACCAAUGCUAUCAUGCUUGAGCAGGAGCACUACCUUGGCCACUGCAAGGACCAUCCUAAAGAUGCAGAGUUUCUAAAUUGCCCUAUAAGGUUUUACAUUGAGAUGGAGUCCAUCUUUGGCCAUACUAUGGCCAAUGGUAGGUUUGCACUUGUUUCUGGUGAAGCCCUAGGGUCCAACCAGGCUAAGAGUGUUGCUGCUAAGAUGCCUGGUUUUAUUGAGGAGGCACUGAUAGUGGCCUACACCUACCUGCUGGACAACAAGGCCCAAGGUAGAGGCUUUGUUGGCAUGAGUGACACCCAAAGGGACAUUUGGCUCAAGAACUACCUAGCUAAGAACUACUACAUGUAG